AGAGAGGAACGACCACGGAGCUCCUCUCACUGUCUAACCUCGUCUGAUGUCGAAUCUUCAGUUAUUAAUAAACACUCCAUUUUACUGAACCUGAGGACCCUGACUCUUCUGCUGCUCUCAGGAAAACUCUCAGGAAUCAUGGCCCGUGUCGUAGCUCUGAUCCUAUUUCUGGCCUGUGUGGCGCUGUCACGGGCCCAACAUGAGCCUGGCUUCUGCGCCUUCUAUGAGGAGUGCGGCCGUAACCCGUCCAUAGGAGAUAGCCUUAUUCCUCCUAAGGUCCCCUGUCUCGACUACAGCCGUGCUCGUCUCCUCAAAGGAGAACACUAUAAGAAACUUAAAGAGGUGUGUCCCAUUCUUGACCAAGGUGAGGGCAACACGUACGCCUGCUGCUCCACUCAACAGCUGUUAUCCCUGAAAACAAGUCUGACCCUGUCCAAGGCAGUGCUGGUCCGCUGUCCCUCCUGUGCAGAGAACUUUGCCCACCUACACUGCAUCAACACCUGCAGCCCCAACCAGACCCAAACAGUCCAAGUCACUAAGACCAUGAAUGUCACCAGUCCACUCGGCCAAACAAAAGAGGUGGUCGUAGGUUAUAAGGCUUACAUCACUAGCACCUUUGCUAACGCUUCCUUCCAGUCUUGUCAAAAUGUCAGGAUCCCUGCCACAGGGGGCUUCGCCAUCGCCACCAUGUGUGGUAAGUAUGGUGCCAAGCUGUGCAACCCCCAGCGUUGGUACGACUUCCAAGGAGACUCCAGUAAUGGCCUGGCUCCUCUGGACAUUGACUUCAACCUCAUAAAUGAGGGAGACACUGCUGGACUACCAGAGGGUGUGAUUCCUUACAAUGGACGUGCUCUGAGAUGUAACGAAACCACCCCAUCCGGAGCUCAGGCCUGCUCCUGCCAGGACUGCCAAGAGUCGUGUCCAAAGAUGCCAGCUCCUCCAAAGAUGCCAGCUCCUCCUUUGUCUCAGGCGCUGUCACGGGCCCAACAUGAGCCUGGCUUCUGCGCCUUCUAUGAGGAGUGCGGCCGUAACCCGUCCAUAGGAGAUAGCCUUAUUCCUCCUAAGGUCCCCUGUCUUGACUACAGCCGUGCUCGUCUCCUCAAAGGAGAACACUAUAAGAAACUUAAAGAGGUGUGUCCCAUUCUUGACCAAGGUGAGGGCAACACGUACGCCUGCUGCUCCACUCAACAGCUGUCAUCCCUGAAAACAAGUCUGACCCUGUCCAAGGCAGUGCUGGUCCGCUGUCCCUCCUGUGCAGAGAACUUUGCCCACCUACACUGCAUCAACACCUGCAGCCCCAACCAGACCCAAACAGUCCAAGUCACUAAGACCAUGAACGUCACCAGUCCACUCGGCCAAACAAAAGAGGCGGUCGUAGGUUAUAAGGCUUACAUCACUAGCACCUUUGCUAACACUGCCUUCCAGUCUUGUCAAAAUGUCAGGAUCCCUGCCACAGGGGGCUUCGCCAUCGCCACCAUGUGUGGUAGGUAUGGUGCCAAGCUGUGCAACCCCCAGCACUGGUACGACUUCCAAGGAGACUCCAGUAAUGGCCUGGCUCCUCUGGACAUUGACUUCAACCUCAUAAAUGAGGGGGACACUGCUGGACUACCAGAAGGUGUGAUUCCUUACAAUGGACGUGCUCUGAGAUGUAACGAAACCACCCCAUCCGGAGCUCAGGCCUGCUCCUGCCAGGACUGCCAAGAGUCGUGUCCAAAGAUGCCAGCUCCUCCUUCCCCUCCAUUGCCCUUCAGACUGAUGGGAACGGAUGGCUUCCUCGUGAUCUGUAUAAUCUUACUCUGUCUCUUGGUUUUUGCCUUCCUUCUCUACCUUUUAGUAGCUUACUUGACAAAGUCCGAGAGAAGAAAGUACAAAGACACAGGAAAGAAAAAGGAGAAAGGCAAAGACCAGAACAGUAAUGAAGUGCCUCAGCAGCCCAUCGAUCCAUCAGAGGUGACAUGUGCUGACAAGAACAGCCUGGCAGCCCAAGCUUUCCUAAGCUUACAGUUCCAACGCUGGGGAACUCUCAUGGCCACUUAUCCCCUCUGGGUGCUCCUGGUGUCAGCAGUAUUAGUGGCUGUUUUUGCUGCUGGUCUCAAGUCCAUUGAGCUUACUACAGACCCUGUUGAGUUGUGGUCUGCUCCCAACAGCCGCGCCCGCCAGGAGAAAGAAUUCCAUGACAAGCACUUUGAACCCUUCUUUAGGACGAACCAGUUAAUCCUGACAGCACCCAGCAGAAAGGGUCACAUUUAUGACUCUCUACUGUUUGGACCACAGAACUUUAGUGGGCUUAUUUCCAAAGACCUUGUCAUUGAGCUGCUGCAGCUCCAGGAACGAAUUCAGAAAAUUGAGUUCUGGUCUGAGGAUCUGAACCGCACAGCAACUCUUAAAGAUGUGUGUUAUGCACCACUGAACCCAUCAAACCCCUCUCUGACGGACUGUGCAACCAACAGUCUGCCACAGUACUUCCAGAACAGUCUGGAUAACAUCAAUGCCAAGGUUAACAUGACAGAGCUGGGAGUGACCAAAGAAGUGGACUGGAGGGACCAUUUAAUCUACUGUCUCAAUUCUCCCCUGUCCUUCAAGGACAUAACUGAUCUUGAUAUGAGCUGCAUGGCUGAUUACGGAGCACCUGUCUUUCCUUAUCUGGCUGUUGGAGGCUAUGAAAAUGACGACUUCACCAAUGCCGAGGCUUUCAUCAUGACCUUUUCCCUCAACAACUAUCCCAGAAACAGCGUCAAGUUCAAAGUGGCAAUGCAAUGGGAGACAGAGUUUCUUAAAAUUGUCCAGGACUACCAGAAAGACCCUGCCUGCAACUUCACCUUUGCGUACAUGGCAGAGCGGUCUCUAGAGGAUGAGAUUAAUCGGACAACAGCAGAGGAUAUCCCCAUCUUUAUGAUCAGCUAUGCCGUCAUCUUUGUUUACAUCGCUGUGGCACUGGGGGAGUAUUCUUCAUGGAAACGUUUACUGGUGGACUCCAAGUUCCUAGUGGGUUUGGGUGGGAUCUUGGUGGUCGGCUGUUCUGUCCUGGCCUCUAUGGGUUUCUACUCCUGGAUUGGUAUCCCCUCCUCGCUGGUCAUCCUGCAGGUAGUGCCAUUCCUGGUGCUUGCUGUUGGAGCCGACAACAUCUUCAUCUUCGUGCUGGAGUACCAGAGAGAUGUACGGAGACCCGGAGAGAAGAGAGAGCAGCAGAUUGGCCGGGUCCUUGGAAGUGUAGCCCCCAGCAUGCUCUUGUGCAGUCUAUCUGAGGCAGUCUGUUUCUUUCUAGGGGGCCUGUCCACCAUGCCAGCGGUGAAGUCCUUUGCACUGUAUGCUGCUAUGGCCGUGCUCAUGGACUUCAUCCUACAGAUGACAGCAUUCGUGGCACUGCUGUCCCUGGAUGCCCGCCGCCAAGACAACAACCGCUGUGAACUGUUGUGCUGUGUUAAAGUGUCAAAACAGCGUCCAAACAAGCCAAAUGAGGGCUUCCUGCUACCUUUCAUGAGGAAAUACUACGCUCCUGUCCUACUGCACAGAGUCACCAGAUUCAUAGUGAUGCUGGUUUUCAUCUUUAUGCUCUGUGGAUCAUUAUUCCUCAUGUUUAAUGUCACUGUGGGUCUGGAUCAGGAGCUGGCCAUGCCAAAGGGCUCCUAUAUGUUGGACUAUUUCUCUUAUCUGUACAAAUAUUUUGAGGUUGGAGUUCCUGUUUAUUUCGUAACAAAAAAAGGCUUCAACUUCAACACUGUGGAGGGCAUGAAUGCGGUGUGCUCCAGCGUGGGCUGUGAUCAGUUCUCGCUUACCCAGAAGGUCCAGUACGCUGCCAACUACCCCGAUUUAUCCUACAUGGCUAUUCCUGCUAACUCCUGGGUGGAUGACUUCAUCGACUGGCUGAACCCUGGAUCCAGAUGUUGCCGUCUUUACACCAUCGGUCCAAACAAAGGGAAGUUCUGCCCUGCGAGUGAAUCUCCUUUACUGUGUGGGAAAAAGUGUAUGGCUACUCCUUCAGAUGGCGUUCUCAGGCCCACUGUGGAACAAUUCAACCGCUUCCUCCCGGACUUCCUGGGUAACAGGCCGGACCUGCAGUGUCCCAAAGGAGGUCUUGGAGCAUAUGAUACAGCUGUGGUACAAGAUGAGAAUGGGGAAAUUAUAGCCAGUCGCUUCAUGGCUUACCACACGCCUUUAACAAACUCACAAGAGUUCACCGCUGCGUUGAAGAAGUCCAGAGAGCUAGCCCACAACAUCACUUUAGGCAUGAGGAAUCUAUCAGAGACCUCACCUGACUUUGAAGUAUUUCCUUACACGGUGACGAAUGUAUUUUACGAGCAGUACCUGACGAUCGUGCCUGAAGGGCUCUUUAACAUCUCUCUGUGUCUACUGCCGACCUUUGUGGUUUGCUGUCUGCUGCUGGGCUUGGAUCUGCGCUCUGGUCUGCUAAACCUCAUCACCAUCAUCAUGAUUAUCGUGGAUACCGUUGGUGUCAUGACACUUUGGAGCAUUGAUUACAAUGCAGUGGCCCUCAUCAAUCUGGUCACGGCUGUGGGAAUCUCUGUGGAGUUUGUGUCUCAUAUGACGAGAUCGUUUGCACUCAGCACUAAACCAACACAUGUCGAGAGAGCGAAGGAGGCCACAGCCAACAUGGGCAGCGCGGUGUUUGCUGGUGUUGCUAUGACCAACCUGCCAGGCAUCCUGGUGUUGGCGUUUGCAAAAGCACAGCUUAUCCAGAUCUUCUUCUUUCGACUAAAUCUGGUCAUCACCCUGCUGGGCCUGGCUCACGGACUCAUAUUCCUCCCUGUGCUGCUCAGCUACUUUGGUCCUGGUGUGAAUAAGGCUGUGUUGCUGCAGCAGCAGCAAGCUAAAGCAAGGGCCGAGCUGGAGGUGGAGAUGAGAAACACAAUGAAAAAUGUCUAUGAGAACAUGAGUUAUGAAGACGAUGAGAUAAAACCGAAACCAGAUACAAAUGUGUCUAAGGAUGAGAAAAGUUCACACAUCCUAGAAGAGCAUCAGGAAAGAGGAGAAAAUUGAUUCUUUCUGAGCACAAAUUAAAAAAAAACUUUAAGCUAAAUACCUCUGUAACAAACUGAACAAGGAUGGACACUAAAAAAGGACAAAGUUAGAAAACAAGGACUCCUGUUUUUGUGUCUGCAUGUAAAACAUUAACUAUGUACCUCAAUCAGAAAUGGACCUGCAGGACUGAAGACAGCAACACACAGUUCUGCAGUAUUUCUAAGCACAGAAUGGAUGACUGCAGCAAACAAAAACAGUCCUGCCUCAGCCCAUAAGGAGCUUCACAUCCGUCUUCAUAUGAGCUGCAGCUGGACACCACUCACCGUUCAACUGUCUUUUUUUCUCUGUGAACAGGACGGGAAACUGACAAAUGUUCCUGAAAGUGUCAUUUUGUAUGUUUUUUAUUGAAUGUGAUUAUUUUGUAUGUAUGAAUACUGCAGAUUAGCACUGAGAAUAGUGAUUUAAAGGAACACACACUCCAGCAUUCAUGUUAUGGUUCCAUUAGUAGUAGUGUGGUGGCAAUGUUAUAAAAAGUGCAAUCAGAAAAAAAUGUGUUUCAAUGUAAUGCUAAAAAUUAUUUAUGGCAAAAGAAAAACAUGAAAGAAAAAUGUUUGAAAGAUGUUUAAAAAUAUCUUGCGUGUGGUAGCUUUUAUUUGUUCUACUUGGUAUUGUUCCUCCAUUGUCAGAUUUAAGGCAAGUUGAGCUGCAGUCACAUCAAUGCAGUGAUUUAUAUUUACUAAAUUUUACUCGAUAUAUUGCACCAGCCUUUAAUUCGUCCACAGUUUUUGAGUCAUAAAGGAUAAGAAGGUGAAUAAUUAAAUGCAGCCAGGCUGGAAGUUCAGAUAUCGCAUUCACCCUUCCUGAUGUCUCAGUUCAACUUAUGAGUCUUAUUUGCAUUUAAUAAAUGCAACCACAUUUAAAUUCACUGUAGUGCAUUUAUUUUUUAAUAUACCAAUAAAAUGGUUAUUUAACAGCCACUUCAUGCAGUA